AUCGAACGAGUAACUUUAGUUCCUUUCCUCUCUAUCUUUUUCUGUAGGGGUAUUUCGGUAAUUGAGCGGCAUUCGCCAUUGUAACGAACUAAAAAGCCGUUUGUUUAUAAAUGCAGAAGAUAAUAGCGGAGACAAGCUUCUGAUGUACAUUAAAAGAAUUCCUAAUGGACCAACCGCCGCACCACCACAGCAGCGCCGCCACUACCUCCGCCGAUAAGCCCGCCACGCAGCGAGGCGGCACGCGUCACCCGCUCUUCCGCGGCGUCCGCAAGCGCCGCUGGGGAAAAUGGGUGUCCGAAAUCCGGGAGCCGCGCAAGAAGUCGCGCAUAUGGCUCGGCUCCUUCCCGGCACCGGAGAUGGCGGCGAAGGCCUACGAUGUCGCAGCCUACUGCCUCAAGGGCCGCAAGGCGCAGCUCAAUUUCCCCGACGAGGUCCACCGCCUCCCGCCGCUCCCUUCCGCCUGCACCGCCCGCGACAUCCAGGCCGCCGCCGCCAAGGCGGCCCACAUGAUGAUAGUCCAGGCCGCCGCCGACGCCCCCGACUCCCCGGAGAAGAGCAGCAUUACCUCCGGCUGCGGCCACGCAGCCGAUGACUUCUGGCGAGAAAUUGAGCUGCCGGAGCUCCUCCACAGCAAGUGGUGGACCUCUUCCGCCGACUCGUCGCCAUGGACGGAGGAUGACCUCCAGCCGCAGCAACCCUUCACCACGGCGUGCUUGUAGUUUGUAAUAAUCAAUAAAACCUUCCGCUUCUGCCAUUUGGUAAUUGGUAUAUUAUUAUUGCUCAUAUACAAUUAAGUUACUCCUUCUGUUCUUCUCCUCACAAUAAUUAUUUACAUUAAUUAUGAUAA